AGUAUUUUGACAACAAUAGUAACCGCAACUCCUGGGUCUUUUAAUUGUUAUUAGAUCCGCAUGUAGUUACACAACAUGUCCGACUUAACAAACAUAGACGCAGAUUUCCAGCCUCAAGCAAGGCCAAGGUCAGGAACCUGGCCAAUGAACCGACCAUCGGGCCGAAGGAACGAAGACAAUGAUGUUGGAAUGAAGUUGGAAGCAACAAUUGAAGAAGCUUCUUCUCAAGAACAUUUACUAAUGGAGGCGCUGGCUCAACCCAGCCUUGUGCAGUCGAUAAAACAAGAGAUACAAGAACCAAUGGGGUCAGAGUUUAGCAACGGACUUGCAGGGUCCCCAUCUGCUAACCUUGUCACCGAUUUCUCAAGUAUUUUACUGAGUGGGCAGCAAAGUGGGGUUAACAGCAGCAACGCCAGUCCUAAUCUAUCCUUCACUGACUUAUCGUCUCCUCAGGCGCCUUUUCCGAACACUAUGUCCUCUCCCACCCAACUUGAUACUAAACCAGUUAUAACAGGGGUGUCCUCCACCCUUAGUGUAGGGCUCCAUACACCGGUCACCGCCACCAGUAGCGUGGAUUCUUCUUUGGUCAGCAAUGUGGCUUCGAAGCCUAAAACUACAUCGCGCAAGAACGCUUGGGGGAAUAUGUCAUACGCUGACCUCAUCACACAAGGCAUUGAAAGCUCCCCUGAUAAAAGAUUGACCCUCGCACAGAUAUAUGACUGGAUGGUGAAGAAUGUUCCUUACUUUAAGGAUAAGGGUGAUAGCAACUCAUCUGCUGGAUGGAAGAACUCGAUCCGACACAAUCUGUCUCUUCAUAGUAAGUUCAAACGCAUCCAAAACGAGGGCACAGGGAAAUCUUCAUGGUGGAUUAUCAACCAUGACGCUAAACCAGGGAAAUCUCCCAGGAGGAGGGCAACCAGUAUGGAAACAACUAAUGGAAAGUACAACAGGUCAAGAAGCAAGGCUGUGGCGAAACAAAAGGCUGAAUUAUUGAAGAAACAAAAGUCCGUAACGAAACGUGAUUCACCAACUUGGGCAAGGAGUCCCACUAGUGGCGAUGCUCCUGAUUUUGAUCAUCCUGUCAAUAAAUCUCUUAUUAAUGACUUCAGGCCUCGUGCAAGUUCUAACGCAAGCAGCAUUGGUGGCCGUACUUCGCCCAGACAUUUCUUACCCCAGGAUCUUGAAGAUGAUGGCCCUCCACCACUGUCCCCUGCUUCUUAUACUAAUGCUUCCAUAAGCGAUCUAUUCGGACCUCGAAGUGAUUCUUUCUCCUUGGUUGAUGGAAUCGACUUAAACAGUCCUGGGAGCGUUCUGCAGAAUGACUUACUUGAUAGCAUAGCAGGUAUGGAAGUAAUGAACCCACCUUCCCCACAAACAAGUGAACGUAACAACCCCAACAUUUAUAUUAACCCAACAGCAAACCAGGAUUCUUACCAAUCACCAAUGUUCCCUCAGAUGAAGAAUAUUAUCAGUCCUACCCAAGAGAACCAGCCACAAGAGGAGCCCCGGAGCAACCUCAACUUGAUGGGAAAAGAGAAGUUUCCGUCCGACAUCAACUUGGAUCAACAUGAUAUAUUCGACUCUGGGGUGAUCGAUCUUGACCAAAUGUUGCAAGACAUUGGACCACCAAGCUCCGAUGGUUAUAUGGAUUUCAACUCAUAUUGUCCACAGGAGAUUCCUGCUUACACGACAAACGUUGACAUGGAAAGCGGAAUGGAUACCACUAUGACAUCAUCAAUGGAACCCGACAACAAUGGAUAUAACUACAACAUGCAGCAACAACAACAACAACAACAACAGCCCAAAAAACUACAACAACAACAACAAUAUCAACACUAUAUGACCCAAACAAACGACAAUGUACCCCAGAUAUACCUAGGAAUGGAUGGGGGGAUGGGUUACCCCAUGCGGGGGCAAACGGGGAUCGUUAUGGGGUCAACUGGGACGCCCCAGCAUUUCACCCACCAUACAAUGCGACCUCAGUCGUCAGUCGGUACAAUAUCUGAUUACCGGUUGUGAAUAUAUGAUGUCUAUGUUCCGAGGCUUAAUUCAAGCUGUUUUAAAUAGAAAUACCAUUUCAUAUGUCGCAAAGUAUUACUACGUCGUGUAAGGUGUUGGGGGGGAAGGUGUAACACACGCACUUCUGCGCCAACGGUGGUUACAACCCUGAACACUGUAUGUCAUAAUCGUGUGGUUAUGAUGUCAUAAUCAUGUGAAUGUGAUGUCAUAAUUGUGUAAAUAUGAUGUCAUUAUUAUCUGAUUGUGAUGUCAUGAUUGUGUGAUUAAGACAACAUCUUCACGAUUAUGACGUCGUCAUAACGAUUAUGAUGUCAUUAUCGUGAGAUUAUGGCGGCCAUCCAAAGUUCAGCAUAAUGUUUAAUGUUGUUCUAAAGUUUCAUCUCUGUUCCUUUUGUGCUCCAGUGAUGUCAUGAUGAUGUCAUCAGUGAUGUCAUUCAGUAGAACCAAGUUAGAAAAUCCCACGGUGCUCUAGACACUUGAUGGCGACAUGCGCGACAUCUUUACCUUUCUCGGUUUAGGGGAAACUCCCCACUGGUACGAAUCAGCAAAUAUUAACGUUUCACUUCUUGGUGCUCCUUGUAUUUUAUCACAGUGGCUUUUAUGACGUCAUAGUCAUUUUUUAAAAGCUGGCCAAUCACAGUUUCGCGUUUGUUUUUAAAUAGACACCAUUGUUGAAUCAUAGUUCUUUAAUUGUGUCCUAACAAAUGUUAUUGUGAUGUCAUUUAUCGUGUAUAACAGCAACUGUUGUGUGAAUUAUUUUUAUCGUCUUAAUAUUUUAAGUUCAUAAUGAAUUGAAUAACUGAUCAAUUGUUACAUCAUAAUCAUGAAUUGUUUACAGGAGAUUAAGCAUUGUUACCUCACACUACUUGAUCCCUAGUUAGGGGAAACCCCCACCAUAAAUAAUUGCAUGAACUUUUAUCCCAUCUUAUCAUUUAUAAUUAGUUUUAAACAUUUUUAAUGUAUUUUUUCACACGUGCUUAUUUUUACAGUUACUGUUCAAGGGUUGGAUAACCUUUCACGGUUUGGGGGAACUCCCCAUGUUGUAAUGUGCUUUUUGUAAUGUACAAAUCCGCUGUCCCUUUAUCUGCUGACAAACAAUAACAUGAAAUUUUCCGUAGAAAC